CUUUGGAUUCGCUUCCGGCUCCACACGCGCGUGGUCUGUUCCAUAAAAGUGGACGUGUAGCGGACUGAGGCUCGGAUCGCGCGGGUCCUUUCUGUCGCAGACAUGCAGUUCAAAAUACGCGCCGCAAACAAAGAAGACUGUAAAGAAAUAUCGAGAAUGAUAAUGGAACUGGCGGUUUACGAGAAAAUGCCCGAUCAAGUGAAGAUAUCGCACGAAGAAUUGGAGCGUGAUGGUUUUUGCCAAAAUCCUUUCUUUGAAUGUCUUGUAGCAGAAGUACCUGAACAUCAUAAGUCAAGAGAAGGAUUCACAGUUGUUGGAUACGCCCUUUACUUUUACACUUACAGCACUUGGAGGGGGAGAUCUCAAUAUCUGGAAGAUCUGUAUGUGAUGCCAGAAUUCAGAGGAAAUGGCAUUGGAAAGAGUCUGCUGAGCAAAGUUGCAGAAUGUGUGUGUUUAGGUGGGCAACCAGAAAGGUUGUGUGCGGCUGCAGUUGUCUGUGUUGAACUGGAACACACCCACUCGUGAUUUCUAUGCUGCCAAAGGAGCUCAGGACCUCACUGACAGUGAAGGCUGGCACUUUAUACGUUUUGAUGGUCAGAACCUGGAGAAUUUAGUAAAUGAAGCACCGAAAGAUGAGUAGUUUUGUAGGACAACAUACUUUAAUCGCUGUUUUUCUGCUUCAUUCACCUUUUAAGACUGUGGCACUACAAGCUUCAUUGUAGUGACACAGAUGGGAUUGUAGACAAAGUAAAUUUGAUUAAAUAACUUCUCACUCUG